AUGACACGAUCAACAGUGGAAAUAUGCUGCACCGACAGAUACCCAUUCCGAAUAAAUGGCCGUGAUACCAAAGUUGAGAAAACAUUCUGGUUUACUAAAAAAGGUGAUGAAUUUGAUCUGAGAACAGAGUCAGAGUACGCAGGUCGUGUGCAGUACAGCUGUAAUAAGAAGAGCUGCACUCUGAGAAUCACAGACCUGAGAGAGAGCGACUCAGCUGAGUACAAGUUCAGGUUCAUAACAAACCAACCAGCUGGGAGUUUUACUGGUUCACCUGGAGUCACUUUGUCUGUCACAGAUGCAGAUCUGCAGGUGCAGGUGAGCAGAUCUCAGUAUUCUAAUUGGGCAAUGCUGCAGUGUCACAGCAGAUGUCGUCUACCUGAUCGUCCUUCCUACGUCUGGUACAAAAAUGGACAGAUGAUUCAGGCAGAAACAUCUUCUUCUUAUUCAGUCUCCUUUGGUUCUGCAGACAGCUAUUCCUGUGCUGUGAAAGGACUGGAGGACUUCCCCUCUCCUUCAGUGUAUGCUCCAAAGCUUCUCUCUGUGUCAGUAAGUCCCCCUGCUGAUUUAAUGGAGGGCAGUUCAGUAAAUCUGACUUGUAGCUGUGAUGCUAAUCCAGCAGCUAAUUAUACCUGGUACAAGAGGAAUAAAAAUAAAUAUCUCAGUAAAGAACCACAGCUUGUCUUCAGGUCCAUCCAGUCCUCUGACUCUGGAGAGUAUUACUGCACAGCUGAGAACAAGCUGGGGAGGGGGACAUUUGAAUACAUCAUUAAUGUGAAAUAUGCUCCAAAGACCUCCUCUGUGUCAGUGAGUCCCUCUGCUGAGAUAGUGGAGGGCAGUUCAGUGACUCUGACCUGCAGCAGUGAUGCUAACCCAGCAGCUACUUACACCUGGUACAAAGAGAACCAAACACUGCCUUAUGGACCAGGCAGCAUAUAUAAUUUCACCUCCAUCAGCUCUGAGGACAGAGGAAAGUAUUACUGCAAGUCUGAGAACCAAUAUGGACAGAUCAACUCUACGUCUCCAUUUUUAGAUGUUCGGUAUGCUCCAAAGCUUUCCUCUGUGUCAGUGAGUCCCUCUGGUCAGAUAGUGGAGGGCAGUUCAGUGACUCUGACCUGCAGCAGUGAUGCUAACCCAGCAGCUAAUUACACCUGGUACAAGGAGAACCAAACACUGCCUUAUGGACCAUGCAGCAUAUAUAAUUUCACCUCCAUCAGCUCCGAGGACAGAGGAAAGUAUUACUGCAAGUCUGAGAACCAAUAUGGACAGAUCAACUCUACGUCUCUAUUUUUAGAUGUUCAGUAUGCUCCAAAGCUUCCCUCUGUGUCAGCGAGUCCCUCUGGUCAGAUAGUGGAGGGCAGUUCAGUGACUCUGACCUGCAGCAGUGAUGCUAACCCAGCAGCUAAUUAUACCUGGUACAAGGAGAAUGAAGACUCACCAAAAGCUUCAGCACAGAUCUUCACCAUCACUCACACGAGAGCUGAACACAGAGGGAAUUAUUACUGUGAAGCCCAGAACAGCAGAGGAAGUACUAACUCCACCUUACAUCUGACUGUUGUGGCAGUUUUCCCAGGAGCAUGGAAAUCAGCAGUCGUUGGAACAGCCCCUGCUGCUUUCCUGGCUAUCAUAUGGCUCUCUGUCUUCCUAAUCAUAAGACAAAUGAGGGCCUCCACGCAAUCAUCCGAGCCUGGAGGUAGACCAGACAACAGGGAACAGUGUCUACCCAAUCAGUCAGAGCAGCAGGAUGAUAUUCACUAUGCCAGUAUCCACUUCCCCAAGAACCAGACAGAUCCAGUCUACUCCAACAUCAGAGCUGGGCCCCGCAGACACAAGGAGGAGGAAGAAGUUGUUGAGUACGCUGCUGUCAAAUUUAACAGUGGCAGUACUGCAAAUGUUAGCAUGCCAACACGCUAAACUAACAUGGUGACCAUGAUACACAUUAUACCUGCUAAACAUUAGCAUGGUACCAUUGUUAUUGUGAGCAUAUUGCCAUGCUGGCGUUAGUGUGCUUGUGCACAUGCAUCGUUGUGCUCGUAAAUGAUACAAACAAAACUAGGACCCACUUUUAAAAACAUUUCUCCGUAACGCUACUAGUGGUCAAAAACUCCACAGGGUUCCUUUAACCUUAAUUAAAGAUUAAUGUAGACAUGCCAAACAUUUUUAUAACUUGCAGCUUCAGACAUACUGUAUCUCUGCAGUACUGCAUCAGAUAGCUAACAGGUGGUAAGCUCGUAGUUAAUAUUCUUUUAUUUAAUCCCAAUAUAAAAAGUCCUAUUUAAAAGCACAGUGGGGUAUUGGAGAGGAGCAUGCAUUAGGUGAUCUAGGUGUAAUUUCAUACUGUUGCCAUUAGAUGUUAGUCAAGAGCCAUAUUUUACUGAUAGAAAACCAUUUCCAAGAUCUCACCAAUUACAUUUCUCUCUUUUCUGUUUGUACAGUCAAUUUUCACCAGUUCCAUUGUCACAAUUGGUUUCCAGUUAUUUCUACUACAUUACCAUCACAGCGCAUUACAAUUGUCUAUCUUGCUUCCUUUUUUAUGCCUGUUAUCAUUAUUAUAAUUAGAAUUAUUAUUAUUAUUAUGGCCCAUCUCAUUGCCGUGUAUUGUAUUUGUUUGUGUUUUUCCUUGUUUUAUUCUGUAUUGUUCUGUUUUGCUUAAAUAAAACAUUUGAAAAUACUCACAGCUCAUGUCCACACUAAGGCCAUGGAGAAUUAGCCCGUCACAGUCAGAGCAGAAG